CCAACCAAGAGUUGCAUACAGUCGUGUUUGUUCGCGACGGCCUUCUCCACCCGUCCUCUUCCUCCAGCAGCCGCGAUUCUCCCUUGUCGCGCUCUCCUCCGCUACUGCCGCCCAACCGAUUCUACGCUGUUCAUUCGCCAAGAGACCGUGUUCUCUUCUCUUCUCCUGCUGCCGCUCUCGCCGUCAAUGCCGUAAUAGGAAGUAGAUAUGUUUACGAAUGACCGUAGGCAAGAGGAACGAACAGGAAAAAGUGGAACGCCGAGGCUGCAAUACCUUCAGGACUUGGUAGGCCAGUUCCAGAACGCAACUGAUGAAGAAACAAGAGAACGUCUGGUUGCUAACUUGGCAAACUUUGCUUAUGAUCCUUACAACUAUCCUUUCUUACGCCAGCUCAAUGUCUUGGAACUCUUCCUAGACUGCCUAACAGAACCAAAUGAAAAGCUUGUUGAGUUUGGGGUUGGAGGAAUCUGUAAUUCCUGUGUAGAUCCAUCAAAUGCUGCAGUUGUCACUCAGAAUGGCGGAGUACCUCUUGUUAUCCAGUGUUUAUCGAGCCCGGUCAAAAACAUUGUAGGUUAUCAUCCCCUUGCCGUUUUAUCUUCUUUGUGCAUAUCUGUCAAUUAUUCUAUUGCGGCCCUUUAUUACUUAUGUGACUCACCAGCCAAAGCCGAGAUCCUAAAGCCAGAAGUCGUUGACGUUAUCAGGCGAUAUGCUGCUUCUGAUACUGUAAGCUUCAGCAAUUUGGCUAAAGCCUUUCUGGAUAAGCAUGGAUUAAUCUGAUAGCCACCGAGAAACAAUAUGCUUCUCUAUCUGCUCUUUGGGGGGAUCGUUCCGCUUGUGGUGAAAAAGAGCUGGCCUUGUUUAUGGCGGUGGAUGUACGAAAGUCUCACCAAACAAAGUGGGUAAGUGGCUUUCAGUAAUGGGGUAUAAAGUUGUGAGUGGAAAGUAGCAAAAGGCAAGUGAAAAAGGGUAAAGCAGAAACUGGAGGCUUUUGUCGACCAUGCAUGUGUGUGAGAGAGAUACAAUUGGUUUACAUUCAUCAAAUUAGAGAUGUGACGCAAAUUAGAGAUACAAUUGGUUUACAUACAAUCGAUGCUUCACUGUAUCUAGCUACGAAGUUCUUGUCGUUGGACGUUGAUGUAUUGAUGUACACUCUCCUUCGACUAUUCUAAAGUUGUAUGCCUGUUUGGAUACUAUUUCGUUAUUAAUAAAAAAGAAAAUUUCAUAUGCAA